GGCGGGGAAGGGGGCCGAUCUCGGCCUGGGAGAGGCCGCGGGGCUCGUUCGCACUCUGGUGGCAGAGGAGCGGGGAGCGCGUGUGCCGGCGCGGCGGUGUGUGCGCGAGGGGCGGGCGGCGCCGGGCGGCGGGGAUGGCCGAGAAGCGGAGGAGCUCGCCGUGCAGCAUGCUGAGCCUGAAGGCGCACGCCUUCUCCGUGGAGGCUCUGAUUGGCGCCGAGAAGCAGCAACAGCUUCAGAAGAAGCGGCGAAAGCUGGGCGCGGAGGAGGCGGCCGAGGCCGUGGAUGACGGAGGCUGCGGCUGUGGCAGCGGCGCGGGCGCGGGCGAACAGGGCUCCGCGGACGGAGACGAAGGCGCCACGCUCCCGCCAUCGACUGGGGCGGCACCCGGGACCGCCCGGGGCUGCGCGGACCUGGAGCGGAGCUGCGGCGCCCGCGGGACAGCGGGUGGCUGUGAGGACGGCUUUCUGCAGGGCACUUCCCCCCUGGCAUCCCCGGGAGCCUCCCCGAAAGGGUCGCCGGCGCCCGCCCUGGUCCGGCCGGGGACCCCGCUGCCUUCGCCGCAGGCCCCUAGGGUGGAUCUGCAGGGAGCCGAGCUCUGGAAGCGCUUUCACGAGAUCGGCACGGAGAUGAUCAUCACCAAGGCGGGCAGGCGCAUGUUUCCAGCGAUGAGAGUGAAGAUCUCAGGACUAGAUCCUCACCAGCAAUAUUACAUUGCCAUGGACAUUGUGCCAGUGGAUAAUAAAAGAUACAGGUAUGUUUACCACAGCUCUAAAUGGAUGGUGGCAGGUAACGCUGACUCCCCUGUGCCACCCCGUGUAUACAUUCAUCCGGACUCGCCUGCCUCGGGGGAGACUUGGAUGAGGCAAGUGAUCAGCUUUGACAAGCUGAAGCUCACCAACAAUGAACUGGAUGACCAAGGCCAUAUUAUUCUUCAUUCUAUGCACAAAUACCAACCGCGGGUCCACGUCAUCCGUAAAGAUUGUGGAGAUGAUCUCUCUCCCGUCAAGCCUGUUCCAUCUGGGGAAGGAGUGAAAGCAUUCUCCUUUCCGGAAACUGUCUUCACAACUGUCACUGCCUAUCAGAAUCAGCAGAUCACUCGUCUGAAGAUAGAUAGGAACCCAUUUGCCAAAGGCUUCCGAGACUCUGGGAGGAACAGAAUGGGUUUGGAAGCUCUUGUGGAGUCAUACGCAUUCUGGAGACCUUCACUACGGACUCUCACUUUUGAAGAUAUUCCUGGAAUUCCCAAGCAAGGAAACACAAGUUCCUCCCCCUUACUCCAAGGUUCUGGGAGGGGCGUGCCUGCCACCCACCCUCAUCUCUUGUCCGACUCACCUUGCUCCUCGCCUGCCUUCCAUCUGGGGCCCAACACCAGCCAGCUGUGUAGCCUGGCCCCAGCUGACUACUCCGCCUGUGCCCGCGCCAGCCUCACGCUCAACCGAUACGGUACCUCCUUGGCUGAGACCUACAACAGGCUCACCAGCCAGACCGGCGAGACCUUCGCCCCGCCCAGGACUCCCUCUUACGUGGGUGUGAGCAGCAGCACUUCCGUGAACAUGUCCAUGGGUGGCACUGACGGGGAUGCCUUCAGCUGCCCUCAGACCAGCUUGUCCAUGCAGAUUUCGGGGAUGUCUCCGCAGCUCCAGUACAUCAUGCCCUCACCGUCCAGCAACGCCUUCACUACUAACCAGACCCAUCAGGGUUCCUAUAACACCUUCCGGUUGCACAGCCCCUGUGCCUUGUAUGGAUAUAACUUCUCCACAUCCCCCAAACUGGCUGCCAGUCCUGAGAAAAUUGUUUCUUCUCAAGGAAGUUUCUUGGGGUCCUCCCCGAGUGGGACCAUGACCGAUCGGCAGAUGUUGCCCCCUGUGGAAGGCAUGCACCUGCUUAGCAGCGGGGGUCAGCAGAGUUUCUUUGACUCUAGGACCCUAGGAAGCUUAACUCUGUCAUCAUCUCAAGUGUCGGCACAUAUGGUCUGAAGAAGCCUUUAAGUUAAAUGACAUUCUAAUUGUUCUAAUGCAUUUUCUUGCUGCUUUUUCUUGAAAGCAGUAUGAAAAGAAACUAUCAGUAGCUUGUAAAAUGUACACAUGAUAGAAAAUGAAGGCUCACUGAGUUAUUUGACUUUCUCACGGUGAAGUUGUAAUUAUCUGUGGUGCAUCUGUAUACUAUACACAGCACGUCAUUUGCUAGUCUACGAAACCACAUCCUACUCUUUUCUCCCCAAGUUCAUCUAGUUGCACAGAGUAAUGGCGUAAAUCUUCGUUUCAUCAAAGUUCUCAGACUCUCUUAAAAACCAAACAGCAAACUUAAAACUUAGACCAGACUAAGACUUAUAACUUAAUUCAUCAGAAAAACACUCUACACAGUUUCAUACUCAAGUUUGGAUAACCAGCAGUAACCAGCAUACGGGGUCCUGUGAUUUCUGCUAUUCUUGGGCACAGUGUGAGAGGUCUUAGCAUUAUUUCUGAGGUAUUUUAUAGUAGUGAAGGAUUAGCUUUGUGUUCCUCCUUUCUUUUAUUUAUCAGAGAUAUUAGAUGACCUCGGUUCUGUAAAAAUCCAUAACCCAUAAUAAUUAUUUUCUUAAGGUGGAGGAAAAUCUUGUCAUUUUUUUCAUUUCAUUUCCAUUGGGCAUAUAGAGGUGCUUAUUCAUCUGCAGAGGAUAAAUUUUCAGUAUUUGGGGAUUUUUUUUGCUUAUUUUAUUUAGCUUAUCAAGUAGGCUGUUAAAGAAUGUUCUAUAAAUAUUUUUAAAUUCCAGUUUUCACCAGGGAGGGAAUAUAUGAUAUGAAUGGAAUGGUAAAAAGAAAAUAAAUCCACCUCAAAUUCUUUGAUUCCAACAUCUGCUGUCUUUUUAAAUCAAGGGGAAUAAUGUUGUUACUAUCCCUUAUUUUUUCGUACUGAGAUUUUUUCAUUCAGCCUAUUUUUCCAUCUUGCUUUCUGACCCACGGUCUGUACGUAAGGAAAAAGGCAUUUGUGCUGCUUGUUUAUGUCUGGUAACUCCUACAAAUUGAAACCUCCCCCUUCCUUAACCUUGUUCCUCUGUCUGAGUAUUUCCGGAAACAGAUAGAUUCUAGGGCUUUUUGGUGUUAAAUAACAUUGUAAGGAAUUUCAGGGGGUUAUCUCCAGCAAUCUAUCUUUUGGGGGUUGUGGUGCAAAGGCUAAAGCCCAUUAUUAUAAAGGCCCUCUUGAAGGACAAAGGAGGAAGAUACUAAUUAUGAUAAUGGAGCUAUAAAACUUUUAACCUCAACAGCACUUUUAACCUUAAAACUGGAAAAAUGAAAACAGCAUUAAUUUUUUAAAAAUCCAUCAAAUGUAUACAUGGUUUAAGAUUUCGAAACAAGUAACUUUGAUGGCACGCUAAGAGUGAAUAGGAAAGGCUAAGAAUGCAUGAUGAGGAGCGUUACCAUAUAUCUGCUGAGAAAUUGAUGUGUCUCCAUCGACUCACAUUUCGUAUAUUUGCCAAGCUAAAGCAGUGCCAAAGAGAAUUGUUUAAACUCAACCUUAGUUCAGAUGGGGAAAGGGUAGAAUUUGCUUAAAACAGCUUGGCUGUUAGGUAUUUAGGGGGAUUACUAUAUGAACAGCAUUUGCACAGGAUGUGUCUCUGUUUAUAGAUACUGAUGAAUUUCCUUGUGGGUUCUGUAACAGUUCAUCAAAUUAGUAUUAAUUUUUAAAUUUAAGAUUAGCAUGAAGGGACAUGAAAUAUUUCUAAUAGGUAGACCUGUAUAAGGUGUUUGUAUAUGGUAAUAAUAGCUUGACAGAGAUUUGGGAAAAGUCCUUAUGAGUUCAUUCAUCCUUGGUAUAAUUCAAGGAGAAGAAGAGGGUUUUCCAUCUUGAGAAAACCUGGAAAGAAAUUAUCUGUACCCAUAUCUGUUAAUAAGGAGAGCAUUUUCCUUUUGCUGUUGGUAAUUUGAGAUGACACCACAAUACUAGUAGAAUUUUUAAAUCCUUUUUUAGAUUUAGCAAUAUUGUACAGAUGCUGUUUCCUUUAGGUUUUACUGUAAAUAUUAAUCACUAUGUCACUUCAAAGACUAACUUUUUAUCAUACAUGACAUACAUGCAUUGAUAAUUAUAAUUAUAUAUCUGUAUUUUAUUAAAAAAGUGCUUAAGAAAGUAUAUAUUAAAGUGUUUUACUAAACCC